AUGCAUGAGGCAACUGUAUCACGACCUGCAUGGAAGAAGGUGUACCUGGCCGUGGGGGAUGAUGCUAAGCAGUGUGAGCUUUCUCUGCAAUGGGCUCUGAGCUUCAUCCCACCACAGAUGUCAUUGGUUCUUCUCCACGUCAACAGGCCAGUUACAGUGAUUCCCUAUGAGGUAUUGGGAGCUCCAGUGAAAGCAAGUAUGUUAAGAGAAGAAUUUGUUAGCAAUUACAGCAAAAACGCGAGGAACAAGAUUGAGAGCUCCUUAAGAGAGCGCUUGCAAAAUUUUAAGGUCCAAGCAAAGAUCUUGAUAAUUGACAAUAAUGAUGUUGCUCCUGCACUUUUGGAGCUUGUAAAAAGGCGAAAGAUUACCACACUCGUCAUGGGAGCUAAAAGCAGACAUGACUGGAGGAGCAAGACAGCAGUCACUUUGGAGAAGCAAGCUGACCCUUCAUGCAACAUUUUGUAUCUCCAUGAUGGUAUUCUUAUCUCAAGCAGGCAUCAGUGUGCUAAUGUCUUCACAGAGAGGAAAAAUCGAAUCAUAUCUUUGGGUGGUUGCCACUUUUCACGCAGCAGCAACACCACCACCAGUAAAUCCUCUUCGUUCUUCAACUCCCUUAGCACAGACAACACCUUCGAUGCAGAAAAGCUACAUGAUCUAUCUUUGGAUACCAAUCCUAUGUACAUAUUUAACGACCACAGGUUCAAUGCUACAGUUGGCCUUGAGGGGCUUGACACUUUCAGGGAACUGGUUAGCCAGCAGAUUCCUGCUGAGCACUCGAGGCACUUGUACCAAGCAUUUCAUUUGCAAUACUGUGAUAUCUUCACAAGGUGUGAGUUCAUUGGUGGCUUCGACUCAGUUCUCGGUGUAGAUCACCAGCAUUUGGGGAAAACACACUGGAAACGCAUGAGCAGCUGGCCUGCAGUGCUGGAGUAUAUUGUCAGUAUUCUCAACACAUUGCACACGCGACUCAAGCAGAGUCAAGCAUGUGAUGGAUUUACACAUGACGACCUUUUAGAAGCAGCGAAGAAACCUUUGCGUCGUCUGUUCACUGUUGCUUCUGUUGUCUGCACUCAUGAGGUCAGGAAGUCACCAGAAAAGCUCUUCUUUGUGUUGAACAUGUACACAUCACUCACGGAUGCCAUCCCUGCUCUCUGGAAUGUAUUCCACACUGAUUCUAUCAGCAGAGAUGCAGAGGGUCUUCUUGCAAAACUGAAGGACUCUGCAACUGAAAUAGUUAAAGAGCUCAGAAGCUUGGUUCAAAAUUACAGCUCACAGAGAGCGGUGCAGGAGCAGGAUGGAGGUAUCACGUCACUCGCUGCGUACCUCAUGAGGUACAUCAGGUUACUAAUGAAUCACAAGAGUUCACUUGAUACCAUGCUAGGACAUGGUCACACUGAUGGUCUAUUGACAGUUGAGGUAAUAAACCCAACAGGUCAUCUAGUGUUUGAGUUCAUUGCCGACCUGGAUUCAGUGCUUGAGAAACAGUCCGAAUCAUUUUCUUCUAAAGAACUGCAGUGCUUGUUCUUGAUGAACAACACACAUUUCAUACUCCAAGAAGUCAAGCAGUCAGAUGUAAGGUUGAUCGUAGGAUCCAGGUGGAUUGGAAAACGCCAGGACCGUUUCAAGAAACACAUGAAGGGUUACCUGUCUGCAUCAUGGGGACCAGUUAUAUCCAAUUUGGAGACUGCAAAAAGCACGUCACCCAGUAAAAGUCUUAGGACAAAUGUCUUCAGUUUCCUGCAUAGCAGUCCGACUCCUGUGCAGAAUUUUUCUUGGUCAUUCGAUGAAACUUGUCAGACUCAGAUGUCCUGGAAAGUACCCAGUCCAGUUCUUCGCGAAGAGCUUCGUGGAGAGAUACUAGCGUUUCUUACUGGAGCAUACCAUGCACACUUGGAGAGGGUGAAGAAGUCUGUAAAAGGACAUGCUGCAGAUUUUAAGCGGGAAUGGAAGAGCAAAAUCAAUGAGUUGUUUGAAGGGUGA